GGUUAUUUGGUAAUACUAGAAAAUACCACUAAUACGGAGUAUAACUCUUCCACAGUCCACACUACUUCCUACCGAUUCUCCUUUUAAACACUUCUUGCAAGUUGCAAUUGGCAAGCAGUUAGAGCCAGCUAGAAUACAGGGAGAGAAAGUGAGGAGGCCGACCAUAAUCUCACUAGUCAAAUCUCUUCCUCUCUCGUUCUCAGUUCAUAGAAAAUGGCCGAUGCUGACGAUAUUCAGCCACUUGUAUGCGACAAUGGAACUGGGAUGGUGAAGGCUGGAUUUGCCGGGGAUGAUGCUCCAAGAGCAGUGUUUCCCAGUAUCGUUGGUCGCCCCCGACAUACUGGUGUCAUGGUUGGGAUGGGACAGAAGGAUGCCUAUGUGGGUGAUGAAGCCCAGUCUAAGAGAGGUAUCUUGACUUUGAAAUACCCCAUUGAGCAUGGUAUAGUCAGUAACUGGGACGAUAUGGAAAAAAUAUGGCAUCACACUUUCUAUAAUGAGCUACGUGUUGCUCCUGAGGAGCACCCUGUCCUCCUCACUGAAGCACCACUCAACCCCAAAGCAAAUAGAGAGAAGAUGACACAGAUAAUGUUUGAGACAUUCAAUGUUCCUGCAAUGUAUGUUGCUAUUCAGGCUGUGCUCUCCUUGUAUGCUAGUGGCCGUACAACAGGUAUUGUUCUGGAUUCAGGUGAUGGUGUGAGUCAUACAGUGCCCAUCUACGAAGGUUACGCACUUCCUCAUGCCAUUCUUCGUCUGGACCUUGCCGGACGUGACCUCACAGAUCACCUCAUGAAGAUCCUUACUGAGAGAGGUUACAUGUUCACUACUUCUGCCGAGCGGGAAAUUGUUCGUGACAUGAAGGAAAAGCUUGCAUAUGUGGCACUUGACUACGAGCAAGAGCUUGAAACUGCAAAGAGCAGCUCCUCUGUUGAGAAGAACUAUGAGUUGCCUGAUGGACAGGUGAUCACAAUCGGGGGAGAGAGGUUCCGUUGCCCCGAAGUCCUCUUCCAGCCAUCUAUCAUUGGAAUGGAAGCUGCGGGCAUUCACGAGACUACCUACAACUCUAUCAUGAAGUGUGACGUGGAUAUCAGGAAGGAUUUGUAUGGCAACAUUGUUCUGAGUGGUGGGUCUACAAUGUUCCCUGGCAUUGCUGACCGGAUGAGCAAGGAAAUCACUGCUUUAGCUCCCAGCAGCAUGAAGAUUAAGGUGGUUGCUCCACCUGAAAGAAAAUACAGUGUUUGGAUCGGUGGAUCCAUCCUUGCCUCCCUCAGCACCUUCCAGCAGGUGAGAAACCAUUAUUGCAAUUGUCAUAAUUUUCUCACUUAUUUUUUAUCAGUCAUGUCCGGUGCUUUGUUCUUGGAUCUUUUAACGUUGAUUCUUUGUUGGAUUUGCUAGAUGUGGAUUUCCAAAGGGGAGUAUGAGGAGUCUGGCCCAUCAAUUGUCCACAGGAAGUGCUUCUAGGGUGCUGCUGCUGCUACUACUUAUAGGGGGAGAUGCUACAACAGUGUGCCUCUUCUGCCUUGCUGUUUCGUAUAUGUGUUUGUAGUUGGUGAGUGACUGGUUGUGAUAUUUUUUCUUUUUUUUUCCGAAUUUUUUAUUAUAUGGCUCUCUACUCACCGGACAUACUUAUGUUACUGUAAUAGUUUAUCUUAAGGGGAGUUUGUGCUCGGGAACAUUGCUGUGUUGAAAUGUUCGAAGGUUUUUCUUUUGAAUUCGUGGGUGGGUGUAUACUUUGUUCUCUUAUUUUGAUGAUACUGCUCAUAUUGCUGUGUUGAAU